AUGGCGGACAAGCUUCGUACCCAGCAAGAACUAGAACGCCUGCAGGCCAAAUUUAUCGGUACAGGGCACGCCGACACUACGAGUUGGGAGUGGCGCACGAACAUCCAUCGCGACACGUACUCGUCCGUCGCCGGCCACCGCCCGCUCCUAUCGUACAUUGCACUGGCCGAGAACGAGCCACUGACGAAGACGAGGGCCAAGAUGAUCCGGAAAAUGCUGCAACCCGCCGGCCCUCCACCCGCGCGCGAAGAUUAA